GCCACGUUACGUUCGAGUUUUUCGGCUUUCUUCAUUUUCGUCCGUGUUGUUGUAACAACUAGUAAAUAAUAUGUACCGUGCAUUUUUCUAAAUUCGUCUUCAGAAGUCAAUGAUGUAGUGAUUUUAAUAUGUGCAAGUGAAAUGUUAGUUUAAUACAUAAAUCAAAGUGUUUUAUUUCGGACAUAUAAUUAUGUAUAGAAUAAUUCUACUUUUGUGGGUUCAUGUUAUUGCACAAGGAUCUAGCGAGGUUACUUUAACGGAACCGAAUAUUUCGACAUCAAUUGAUGGUUUUUCUAAUCAGUUAUUUGAUGUCACUUCCGGAAAAAUCGUGAUAACCGGAAACAACACCCUUCACAUAACCAAUUUUUCUUUUGACGGAAAAGUUCCUGACGCCCAUUUCUUAGUCGGCAAAGGCGUCGUUUCUGAAAUUGGAACUGUGGUACCUUUCUCUGAAAAUUCUGCCAAUCUUCCCCCGUUAGAGAACGAAGAUAUUGACUUGACUCUUCCUGGUAACUUAACAGUACUUGACAUCGAUUGGUUGGCAGUUUUCUCUCCCACGACCCAGAAGAAAUUAGGCUUUGUAUUUCUAACAAAAAAUAUACCAUCAUCGCCUCAAACGUUCAACUUCGACAAUGAAGUUACUUCCGGUCRGGUAUUAUUAGUCAACAAAAAGACUCUUUUUAUUCCGAAUUURCGCUACAAGGGGGAUCAUAAAAAUGUGCGGUUUUGGYUUGGCAACGGUAGCGAGCCAUCCUCCGACGGAGUUGCUCUUUUAGACGAGAAAAACUCUUCGGAAAGUCUUGGGCCGUACCAGGGGCAAAAUGUGAACCUUCAUUUACCAGAAGGUGUGACCACUGACAAUAUAGAUUAUUUGGCCGUUUGGUCAAMUGACGAGGCAAUUAGCCUAGGGUACGUCCCUAUUAAAGGAAUCAGUGAGGCACCAGAAGUUGURCAAAAAACAAAAACAUCACUUGAAGAAAAUAUGUUGUUAAUUGUACCAAAAUGCUGCCCCUCUUCUACCAUCAUGACCAGUAACGGAUGUGAAGAUAAGGGUCAGUUUCAGUUUCGACCUAAUUUUAACAUCUACGAACACAACGAAACACAUUUUAAAAAUGAAUCUCUGGAUUUGAGUCUGGUUGAGUUUAAAAUAUACGCUUCCACAAUGGAGUGUCGUGCUGGAAAAUUUCCUUUAGAUCAAUCAAAUGAAGAAUUCGCUCUACUGGUCAAUGGCUCUCUACUUCUUAAAGGAGCUGCAGGGAAAGGGAUUUGGUCACAAGAGAACUUUUGUUUAGAAAACGUAGAAGAGAAUGAUUUGAUACAAAUGAAAGUUUUUGUUUGUGCCCCGGAAGCCCAAAUACAGAAAGCAAUGUGUUACACUUAUAUUACUUUCACAAUUAUCUCGACGCUUUGCCUUGCUGCCACUUUCAUCAUUUAUUUCUUUUUGUCACACAUUGAAGACGUCCACAGGAUAUUGUUUACUGCUUAUGUCUUUGAUAUGACUGCAGUUUUUCUUUCUUUGACUAUAGUCCAAUUGGGACAUGUGGAAGACAGUGGAUGUUCAGUUUUGGGUUUUAUUUUCCAGUUAUUCAUGAUUGCGUCUUUUGUCAUGUUAGCAAUUUUAUGUGUUGACAUUUGCAUUAUUAUUAAGUACAUUAACAAUGAUGUCGAACCAAGAAAACGGAAAGUUUGGUCACUAGUUAUUGGCAUUGUGACUCCUGUGAUUUUCUUGAUCAUUUCAUUAAUUCGAAAUCUCACACCAGAUGUGCCAAAUUCGUUUUUCAAGCCUCAAUAUCAAACUAAUACUUGCUACUUUGAAGCUGAAGACCAACGAGUUAUACUUUUUUAUUUUCCUAUAAUUGUUUCAAUGAUCGUAAGUGGCAUUUCUCUUGCUGUAGCAAAACACGAAAUCGUAAAGCACGAUCGUACAAAAUUAAACGACUAUUUUUGGAUGGAAGAGGGAAGGAAGUUUAAGUUCAUGUGGCGAAAACAUUUAUUGGUUCUUGUUAUAACAUCAUCGUUAAGGAUUUUUGAUCUAGUGAUUUUUUUAAGUUAUGGCCAUGAUAGUGUGUUAUUAGUAGUUGAUAUACUUGAGGCAACUCAAGGAAUUUUUAUUUUAUUACUUUUCGUUCUGAAUGAGCAAACAAGAAAAGAGAUUCGAAAAAGUAUCGCAAAAAGAAGACGACGGAAGCAUCAAAAUAUUCCAAAAGAGGAAGAAUUUAUGAUGGGAAAGAUAAACUGAGUGCUUCGUUGUUAGGACUGGUUUUUGUGCUAUCGACAAUGUAAUUUUSAAAAUGCCAAAUGCUUAAAACUGUACAAAACUAAUAUGCGUCUUCCUGCUGUGAUGUUAUUUAUUUAUUUAAUCAUAUUUUCAUUGCAAACAUUUUAUACAGGGUGAUAACUAGCAAAUAUUCUAGAAUUCGUCAAGAAACAACUUUUCUAUUUCCAACUUUUGCCGAAAAUACGUUUUAUUUACAUUUAAAAUGCAAAAAAAUUGUUGGAUAGUGAAUUUGUUUGGUCUUGAUAUUGCCUUAUAACAAAUUCAGUGGUUAGAAUGCAUAUUUGCUAGUUAUCGGCAAACACCCUGUAUUUUAUUUAUUAGUUAUUAUCCAAUCUAGCAAUCACACACGAAGAUUGGUCAAUAACUAUGUAGAAUUUUCCAUUAUUAUUUAGAAUUCGUUUUAUGUCCAUAUCCUAAUUCUAUAGAAAUUUUAAUUUUAGUUUUUUGUUACUUCUUAAUUAUUUAAUAAAAAUAAAUGUCUUUUUUA